AUGGCCUUGAUCAACCCAUUUGCAUGCAAACUCAUGGUUUUAGCCCCCCGUGUACCCCGAAGGACCCAUCAAUCUGAUAGUGGCCGUGUCGUUUGGGCUUUUUGUGCCGCCACGGAUCCUCAAUGGUGCCAGAUACGGUGGCAUAAACGUCCAUCCGUCGUUACUUCCCGAACAUUACACCUUAAGCAUUUUGAUCACGGAACAAUUCUUGCGCAAACACCGUCUCCUGGAUUUGAGAUACCGAACCCUGAUUCAUGCACAGUUGCGGAGCUGUUGGAUAUUGUCGCUUCCAAAGGCGCAGAGUUGUUACUCGAGGGCAUCCGAGAGGGGUUGUUUGUCCCACCAGUCAAGGAUGCUGGCUGGUAUUCGACUCAACAGAAAGACCUGAUACAUGCUACAAAGAUCACGCCUGAAGACAAACAUAUUGAUUGGGCUACGUGGACGUGGGCAGAUGUCAGUCGGCGGGAGCGCGUGCUGGGACCGUUGUGGAGCAAGUCUCUGGUCCUUGGCGAAUCAUCUGGCCCUACUCCGAGUUUCGAACAGCGAAGGGUCAUUCUCAGUGAGUUCGAAGAGGUACGACCCUUGAACGAAAGUGAGGUAUUUGCCGUCGUUCCAGGACUACCGUUUAUAGAUGGUGAACACACAGUCAAGUCUGAUGCAAAAAAGGGAGUAUAUGUCUUUACCAAAGACAGGAAGCUAGUCAGAAUUCACAGUAUGAAGGUGGAAGGCCGGCCAAAUACCGAUGCCUUCCGGGCUGCUCUCAAAGCUCGGAUGAUCGGCAGCCACACCUUCUCAUGGAACAAUGCUUCGUUUACUCCUUUCCAUAACCCUCUCAGCUAA